AAUGUCAAUGAAUAACCCCCUCAGUGAGUCAUUCAUCAAUAAAAAUACGAAAAAAAUUUUUUGUAAACGCAAAAAAGUGAUUUUAGGACAAUUCCUAAAUUAUUUCUUUGGUCCUGUGUAAUAAAUAAAAGCCAGCAAAACGGGGAACGAAAUGUCUGUGUCACAAAUGGAGAAGCACCUAUUUAAUUUAAAGUUUGCAGUGAAGGAUCUAGAACGGAAUGCCAAGAAGUGCGAGAAGGAAGAAAAGCUGGAGAAGGCAAAGACAAAGAAGGCCAUCCAGAAGGGGAAUAUGGAUGUAGCGCGGAUUCAUGCAGAAAACGCCAUUCGGCAGAAGAAUCAAUCACUUAAUUACCUGAGGAUGAGUGCACGAGUGGAUGCGGUGGCAAGUCGUGUGCAAUCCGCCCUCACCACGCGGAAGGUCACCAAUUCCAUGGCAGGUGUCGUGAAGGCCAUGGAUGCCGCAAUGAAGGGGAUGAAUCUCGAGAAAAUCUCCGGAUUGAUGGAUAAAUUUGAGCAGCAAUUUGAGGAUCUAGACGUCCAGAGUAGCUACAUGGAGAACACAAUGUCACAGACGACCACUACAGCUGUGCCGCAGGGUGAUGUGGACAGUCUCCUGCAGCAGGUUGCCGACGAAGCGGGUCUCGAACUCAACAUGGAACUUCCUGCGGGUCCCCAAGCAUCCACCAUUGGAGCCAGUACCCAAGUGUCUCAGGAACAAGACGAGCUCACCCAGAGACUUGCUCGUCUGCGACAGGCGGAGUAGGAAAUGUGGAUUCCAUUGAAAUCCAAGAUUGGAUUUGCGCUUCUGUGUAUUAUGAAGUUUGUUGUUUAUUUUCUAUCAAUUUAAUUAUACUCUGGCUAAUAUAAACAA